GAGUAUGACGGAGGUUAAAGUUCGUUGCCAACAUGGCGGCUCCCGUGCAUGACAUGUUUUCCUUUUGCGUGGAUCCUGACAAAGUUGCAGGCGGGGUGGAAGUGCGAUUUAUAGACAACAUCAAGGGGAAAGGGCUGUUCGCCAAGAGAAGCAUCAAGAAGGGAGAGGUCAUUUUCAUUGAGCGCCCACUUGUCUGUGCCCAGUUCCUGUGGAAUGCUUUGUAUAGAUAUAAAGCAUGUGAUUACUGUUUGCGAGCUCUCGAGACAGCAGAGGAGAAUGCUCGGAGACUCGCAGGCAAUCCAGCCCUCAGCCUUCCUUAUCCGGAACUCUGUCCCGUUCAACCGCAGCACCACCAAGUCUGCCCUCACUGUCAGGUGAUGUACUGCAGCGCUGAGUGUCGCCAAGCUGCGGCGGAUCAGUACCACCGGGCGCUGUGUCUUGGGCCAUCCUAUGAAGAUCCAGACCACCCUGUCAACAAGCUGAAAGAUGCCUGGAGGAGCAUGCAUUACCCUCCAGAGACUUCCAGCAUCAUGCUUCUGGCCAGAAUGGUCGCCACUGUUCAACAAGCCAAAGACAAAGCACACUGGCAGAAGCUCUUCUCGUGCUUCUGCAGUCGCACGGCCAAUGAGGAAGACGAGCUGGCCCACAAACUCCUCGGGGAGAAGUUCAGGGGUCAGCUGACAGUGCUACAGAGUCUUUUCAAAGAGGCGCUGUAUGAUGAUCAGCUAAGUCGGUGGUUUGUUCCCGAAGGCUUCCGCUCUCUCUUCGCUCUGGUCGGCACUAACGGACAAGGCAUCGGCACAAGCUCUCUGAGUCAGUGGGUUCACGCCUGCGAUGCAGUUGAGCUUCCUGCCCAGCAGAGAGCGCAGUUGGACUCCUUUAUCGAUCAGUUGUACAAAGACAUUGAGAGAGAAACAGGAGACUUUCUAAACAGUGAAGGCUCAGGACUCUUUCUUGUCCAAAGCUCAUGCAAUCACAGCUGCGUGCCCAAUGCCGAGGCUUCCUUCCCUGACAACAACUUCCUGCUUCACCUCAGUGCCCUCUGCGACAUCGAUCCAGGCCAGGAGAUCUGCAUCAGUUACUUGGACUGCUGUCAACGGGGCAGAAGCCGCCACAGCAGGCACAAAACUCUGAGGGAGAACUACAUGUUUGUCUGCUCGUGUGCCAAGUGUGUCUCCCAGACGGACGAGCCGGACGUGACGUCAGAGGAGGAAGAGGACGAUGAAGAAGAAGAAGCCGAGGCCGAAGGUGCAACGGAGGGCGACGAGAUGGAAGACGAGAUGACGGACGUGUGAUUUAUUAAAAAAAAAAAAAAAAAAACUUGAAAGACCACAUUGUCGUCAGCCUUUUGACAUGCAACCUCAUCCAUCACAUGAGGCGCACAACAAUAAACCCAACUUCACAGUUGCCACGACUAAACCCUCCACCUUUUUUUCCCUUUAUAAUACAUUGCAGCUGACUAACAAAAUGGAGGCUCAAUGUGCUGCCGUUCUUUGCUUGGUGCAAGAAUCGACUCCUUACUUUGAGCAUUUUGAUGUCAAAUUAUCAGGAUGUAUUUGCUGUAGAUCAUAAUGAUGCUACAAAGGAGCAUGAGGGCCACAAAGAAAGAUAGUCUGGCAAUAAAUUUGUAAGUACU